GAAGGCGGACGCAGAUUUUGGGGGUCCUUUAUUUUUCUUAGGACCGGGACGUGCAUUUUGCCUUGAUCCAUCCGCUCUGUCCCGGGUCUUCAACCCAGUCUCUCUCGCGAUUGCGAAUUUGAUCCCCGGAGGUUCAGGGCAGAGCUAGGUCUUUCGACCACGAGGGGACAGUUGGGGGACAGGAGAAAUAUUAGGAGCCCUUUUUGGUCAUUUUGGUGGAGACAGGGAGGGGUGGGCUUGAUUUUAUAUUGAGACACCGAGCCGGCUGGAGGGCGAGAAUGCUUUUCCCUGCCAGGACCUGAUGCAAUCCAUUCAAGCCAACAAGUUUGGAGAGAAUGUUGAGUUCAAUCAAUUCAGAACGUCGAGAUGGAGCUCAGCUCACUCCAGUGGGUCGGCUCUCCGUGUGGCUUGCACGGACCGUACAUUUUCUACAAGGCUUUUCAGUUCCACCUUGAAGGCAGACCAAGAAUUUUGUCCCUUGGCGACUUUUUCUUUGUAAGAUGUAAGCCAAAGGAUCCGAUUUGCAUAGCCGAGCUGCAGCUGCUUUGGGAAGAGAGGACUAGCAGACAACUUUUAUCCAGCUCCAAACUUUAUUUCCUCCCAGAAGACACUCCCCAGGGCAGGAAUAGCGACCAUGGCGAGGAUGAAGUUAUUGCAGUUUCCGAAAAGGUAAUUGUGAAACUUGAAGACCUGGUCAAAUGGGCACAUUCAGACUUCUCCAAAUGGAAGUGUGGUCUCCGGGCUGGACCAGUGAAACUUGAAGAACUGAGCAAGAAUGGACCGAAGGAAGCUUUGCUCAAAUACAGGCAGUCGACCUUGAACAGCGGACUCAACUUCAAAGACGUUCUAAAGGAAAAGGCAGACCUUGGUGAGGACGAUGAAGAUUCCAAUGUGAUCGUUCUCAGCUAUCCCCAGUACUGUCGCUACCGCUCCAUGCUGAAGCGUAUUCAAGACAAGCCAUCAUCAGUGCUGACAGACCAGUUUGUGUUAGCGCUGGGUGGAAUUGCCGUGGUCAGUAAGAAUCCACAAAUUCUUUACUGUCGGGACACUUUUGAGCACCCAACUCUUAUAGAAAAUGAGAGUAUAUGUGAUGAAUUUGCGCCAAAUCUUAAAGGAAGGCCUCGCAAAAAGAAACCGUGCCCUCAGAGAAGAGAUUCGGUAAAUGGCCUUAAGGAUUCCAGCAGUAAUUCAGAUGGCAAAACAAUUGCCAAGGUGAAAUGUGAGGCCAGAUCAGCCUUGGCCAAGCCCAAGAAUAACCACAGCAGCUGUAAAAAGGGCCCAAUGAGGAGAAAUCAAAGGUUGCCAUUGGGAGACUGCCGGGCAGAAGAGCAGGCCUUCCUAGUGGCCCUUUACAAGUACAUGAAAGAAAGGAAGGACCCGCCUAUAGAGCGCAUCCCCUACUUAGGAUUUAAACAGAUCAACCUUUGGACUAUGUUUCAAGCUGCUCAAAACCUGGGAGGAUAUGAAACAAUAACAGCCCGCCGACAAUGGAAGCAUAUUUAUGAUGAAUUAGGGGGUAAUCCAGGGAGCACAAGUGCAGCUACGUGUACACGCAGACAUUAUGAAAGAUUAAUACUACCGUAUGAAAGAUUUAUUAAAGGAGAGGAAGAUAAGCCCCUGCCUCCCGUAAAACCUCGAAAACAGGACAACAGUUCCCAGGAGGGGGAAAACAAAACAAAACUGCCCGGAACCAAACGCAUCAAAAGUGAAAACCCAAAGAACAAAAAAGAAAAAGAUCACGCUGCAAAACCCCAGGACACACCAGAGGUCUCAUCAGAGCAAGAGAAGGAGAUGCCAGAUCAGAGAAGUCUGACCGCACCCCUCGCUGCUGGAGAAUUGAAGAAACAGAUGGAAGGAAUCCCGGCAGAGGUGCUCGCGUCUGGAGCAGACCCAGAAAAAGGAGACUUGAAGGACCAAGGUUCAAACAAGGAGAAAGCAGAGGAGGCCAAGGAGAAAGAGGGCACUCCCUCCUCCCUAAAUGUUUCAGUGAUCCCCGAGGAGGAGCCAACCCAGAUCCCAAUGGGGGGCCAAGAGCUCCACCCGUCUCCGGACAUCCUUGUUGACAUGAAGCAAGAGCCCCAAACCUGCAGUUUUACAGAGAGCCCUGAAAACGAGCUUCAGGAAACCCCCUUCGGAAGUUUCCCCACCAUGCCUUUGGCGGGCCAGAAUGAAAUGGAAGACGACAAGCUGCCCGUGAUGGCCGAUUACAUCGCUAACUGUACCGUGAAAGUGGACCAGCUCGGCCAUGAUGAUAUCCAUGAUGCUCUGAAACAGAACCCAAAGGUCCUCGUGGUCCAGUCGUUUGACAUGUUCAAAGAGAAGGAGUUGACGGUGCCCCAUGAUGACCCCGCAUUUAACUACACCCCCUUGCUUUACUCCCGGGGUAAUCCAGGCAUCAUGUCUCCACUGGCGAAGAAAAAGCUUCUGUCGCAGGUGAGCGGGGCCAGUCUGUCCAGCAGCUACCCCUAUGGCUCCCCUCCCCCUUUGAUCAGCAAAAAGAAACUGACUAGCAGAGAUGAGCUGUGUUCCGGUUUGUCCCAGGCCCAUCACGGUCCCAGUGCAGACCACAUGGUAGUCAGCCGGCCAUCGGUCAUUCAGCACGUGCAGAGUUUCAAAAGCAAGACUUCUGAAGAAAGGAAAGUCAUUAAUGAAGUCUUUAAGCAUGACAAAUUAAGUAAACCAGAUCCCCACCGCUGCAGUUUCUCCAAACAUCACCUUAAUCCACUCACGGAGUCCUAUGUACUGAAGUCAGAUCUCGAGGAGAGCAAAGACAAACUGAUGGACAAAAGGACACUCCAGCAUUCCCAUGUGCCCAGCUUUCUGGCAGAUUUCUAUUCCUCUCCUCAUCUACACAACCUUUACCGACACACGGAACACCACCUCAAUAACGAACAGACGUCUAAAUAUCCCUCCCGAGAUAUGUAUAGAGAGUCAGAAAAUAUUUCUACUUUCCCUUCACAUAAACACCAAGAAAAACUCAAUGUGAAUUACCACACGUCUUUGCAUCUGCAGGACAAAAAGACAGCAUUGGAAGCCUCUUCUGAUGAUCAGCCCACAGAUUUGAGUCUUCCAAAGAGCGCGCAUAAGCAGACUGGAAAGGCCCUGGGCCUGGCUCAUUCAUCAGUGGGACAACAGGAAGGCAAAACUGUCUCCCAGUUUCAGAUUAUGAGCAGCCAGACAAAUCGAGACUGUAACCCCAAAGCCUGCCGAGUGUCCCCCAUGACCAUGUCGGCCCCCAGAAAAUAUGCUGAAUCGCUUCCUAGGUCUGGAAAGCCUCACCAUGUGAGACUGGAAAAUUUAAGGAAGAUGGAGGGGAUGGUUCAUCCAAUGAUACACCGCAAAACAAGCCCCCAGAAUGUCGGCGCAGCACGGCCUUUAAAGAGGAACCUGGAGGGUUUGGAUGUCGUGAUCUCGGGGAAGAAGAUCCGUGCGGUGUCUCCCCUGGAUCCCUCCAAGGACAAGGCCUCAGAGCAGGACGGCGAAAGUGUGAAGCCGGCUCACGGCAGCCAUGCCAGCAGCACGUUGGAGAGCCACAAGCUCCCCCUCUCUUCUCCUAUCUUCACGGGCUUGUAUCCGGGAACCCUGUGUUCAGGUCUCAAUUCCCGCGUCCCGGCUGGAUAUUCUCACCCUUUGCAGUACUUGAAAAACCAGACUGUGCUCUCUCCGCUCAUGCAACCCUUGGCUUUCCAUUCGCUUGUGAUGCAACGUGGAAUCUUCACAUCCCCAGCAAAUUCUCAGCAGCUCUAUAGACACUUAGCUGCGACCACACCUGUAGGAAGCUCCUACGGGGAGAUUUUGCACAACAGCAUCUACCCUUUAGCUGCUAUAAACCCUCAGGCGGCCUUCCCAUCUUCCCAACUAUCAUCUGUACACCCCAGUACAAAACUGUAAACUUAGCCUUCCAAAGCAUCUAAAUGAAAAUGUCAAUCUCGUAGCUUCUCUCCUUACCCCAUGAUGACAUCUUGAAGAAGGAGAAGUCCGUAUUCCUUCUGAACUAGGGCUCAGGAACCACCCUGGGAAUCGAAAGGAUAGGUCUCUUUGAUUGGGGUGAGGCUUUGCUUUGGCUAGGUCAGUCUAGACCCCUUUCCCAUAUCAAUGACCUCCCCAGCCUCCAAAUCAUUUCACUUUGCACACGAGUUUUGUGAAGGGAUUUACAACGUCCAAAAAUUGCUAAAAGAGACCCUCAUCUAUCUGCCCUCAGAUUGUUGGGCCUGAGCUAGAAAGGUGGCAUUUCAGAGGAGGGGAAAAGGAAGACUGGUGAAUCCACACCAUCAAGGGAUGCCCAUCUUUGGGUAACUUGCUUGACUUUUCAAGGUUAAAUCAAUGCAAUGUAUAGUGAAUCUGCAAUCGAUCUUUCCUUUUGACACUAUUAAGCCGGAAAAGUAAACACUGUUCAACUAACUGUAUAGACUUGCUUCUUAAAAGGUACCUGUAUUUGUUUGUUCACAUAAUUUAUAUACAGGUAAUUCCUUUUCCUUCUUCCUCCCCAGUUUAUUCUGUCCUAUUUUUUUUUUAAUUAAACAGUAUCAUUUUGUUGGCAGGUCUUUUUGUUUCUGUUUCCUGAUUUUUUUGUUUUGUUUUGUUUUGUUUUUAAAAGGCUGUCCUAGUUGUCGAUGUGUAAAUAUAUAUAUAUUUUUCCACAUCUUAUCAUUUGGAGCAGCUUUGGGUGGUAAAGUUAUUGUUUACAAAUUGAAGCAACCAAUUCAAGUGGAACAAAUGGAGAGAAAGAGAGAGAGAGAGAGAUUGAGAGAGAGAGAGAGAGAGAGAGAGAGAGAGGUCAGAUCACACGAUGGUGCAAACCAAGUUCAUUUUUCAAUCUGCAAUUUAAGGAUUUUGUUCCUCCUCCACGGCAGGGCCGAAAGAGCUUCUCCACUGUGUACCCAGCCAAAGGCUUUGCUUUGAAGUGUUGGGUUUUGUGAAAAUGUUCAGCGUUGUACUUACCUUCUCUAGGCUGUGAAGCUGUCCUACAUACCAGAGGAAUCAUCAAAACAGAAACUACAGAAUAACAACCAAAUCCAGAGGACAUAUUUGUGGCCUGUACAGAUAUUUUAGGAAUUCCAGAAAUUAAAACAGGAGCCAAGAUGAUCUCAACUGAUUUGGGGUCGAAACCCUUUAAGAGUCUGGAGAAAGGAGGGCUGGGGGCGGGGGUUGGGGGGAGGCCGAAUGGGACUGACUUAACUGAAGAGAAUGACUAGACAUCAGACACCUUCUCCCAGCUGAGCUGUCCGUAGUGUCAUCACUGGCCUGGUCCAGUUGACCUCUUACAGAUGCAAAGAAGAGCCCACUGCCACCAUGUCAUCAUGGCUAUUGAUUUCAAUUGAAUUGUUUAAUUACGCACAUAAAAAAGAAACUCAUCUUUGGUUGCAAAGGCAGUGUUGUCAUGGUGGUCAUUCUAACCAAUGGCCUAUCUGGCAACAGAUUUUGCUUGAUGUUUGCUUCUGUCGUCCGAAAUAAAUGCUCACUCUGGUCAAGCCGUGGAAAGAUGUGGAUGAUUUGUUUUGCCUCUGUGUUACGUGGGCUACUGAGAUGUAACCACGGAUGCAUUUUGUUUUCAGGAUGUUUUGUCAGUCAAAGAAAAUGGUGGGUUUCCUUUCGGCCUCCCCUGAGAGUUCAUCCUCCUAUAUCCAUUGAUGAUCAUUUUGUUAAAGCCCUCCCCUCCCCUCUCCCCCAUGGUUUCCCGUAGACAUUAGUCCCCUAGAUAACUGAGGUUUUUUGUUGUUGUUGUUUUUCAUUUGGGGUUUUUUUUCCCUCUGAGAUGUUUUGUUGUAUGAAAAUUGAUGACAAUUUUCAACUUCUAAAUAAGCAACUCGCCUGCAGACUUUUCAGAACUGGUAAAGGCUCUAGAACAAAGCCAUGCAUGCAAUGCAUUUAUUUGUAUUGAAACGUCACCGCGACAUAAAGCCAAAUAUCUAAUGUAACAUACUUAAUAUCCAAAGGUAAAAACAGAGGAAUGUAGUCAUCCAGUGGUCAAAGUUCCAUUUGCUUCAAUUAAUUACUUACCUUCCUGUGGAAAAAAAACAAACACGUGUGUGGGUGUAUGUGUAUAUAUGUAUAUAUGCCCAUAUAUACAUAUAUAGGAGAGAAUAUUAAAUAAACUAAUAGACUUUAGGUUAGACAUGUGUGAGUGCAUAUUAUCCUGCUGUUGCACAAGAGAGUGAGAGAGAGAGAGAGAGAGAACAUCGCAAUCCCAGCUGGUUUCCUUCCAGCAGGGACGCAUAAGGAAGUUGCACUAGAUAUGAAUCGUGACAGAACUAGAGAAUAUGAAAGAAAAACAAUCCCAUGGCCAUUCCAUAGUCAACGAGCUUGUUUUUUUAAAAAAUGGGAGCUUCCCUUUUUGGGGGGUUGCCUAUAAAUUGUGGACCUGGGGGUAUUUGUUUUCCGCAAUGCACUGAUCUCACUUUGGUUCCAUCAGGUUGGAAUUGGGUCAUGCCAUUUUCAAAUCGCGUUCAUAAAAGCCAGCAUUCAUUUUUCUCGUUUGUUGCAAGAGGAGACUCACUGUUUCUCUCUGAGGGAGAUCAUAAUGCUAAGUAAAACCUCAGGACCACUAAGGAGAAAUGGUGGAACUCCCUCCAGGAGCAGCAUUAUUAUUAUUAUUAUUAUUAUUAUUAUUAUUAUUAUUAUUAUUAUUAUUAUUUGUUGUUGUUGUUGUUGUUGUUGUUGUUUUAAUCUCAACCAGAAUCUUGGAAUUCUUUCUCUCAAAAGACCAUUGAAUUCCUCAUUGGCUGAGAAAGGCCUUUUUUUUUUUUUUAAAAGUCUUACACGGGGCUUUGUUUGUAUUGUUUGAGUCCAAGGGGCCUUAUUAUUGAAUGGAGUUGUGCAAGCCUUUUGUUGUGCAACCAAACCAUUGUUAUUGGUAGUUUUGUAAAGGAAACUGUGGAAUCUAAUGGGCAACAGAGUCAUAAAUCUAUUUACUGAGAACAGCUUCCAAGAAAUGUUGCAAUUCCAAAUGCACUAAGUUCAUGAUUCAUUGGAUAUUUUGGAGGUUAUAAGAUUUAAAUAACAACCCUCCCCCACCACCAAAAAAAGAAAGAAAGAAAGAAAGAAAGAAAGAAAGAAAGGAAAACACAAAAACAACUCUUGGCUUUAACAAAUUCAAUUUUAAAAAUAGAGCCCAGUUGAGUUUCAGAAUUCAGUGUCCUCCUAGUAAAUGAUUAGAAUGUGGAAUAUUUGCAACAAGACUGUUUUAUUUAGUUAGUUAUUGGAGACUCUCAGUUCAUGUUUAUCGGAGCAUAAAGAGUGGUUUGUUCAAGCCCAAUAUUGACUUUACAAUUUACUGAACUGGUGCAUGAGUUCUUAAGUACUGUAUCUUACUAUGUUGCUGUGUCUCAUGGAAGUUUUGAGUUGGUCCUACAAAAAUCUUUUAUGUAGUGUGCCUUCAAAGAGAGCAGUUCAUUUUUCUCUUCACUGAUUGUUCCAUACGGUCACAUUUUGUGGUGGUCAGCCAAGUCCCAUCUGGUCCGAUUUUCCAAUUGUCCUGAUCUUAACGAGGAAUGGGAAUGAUUUCACUCUGGCGAGACCCACACCAUUGAAAUGAUCAUCAUAAGCACUUAACUCCAGUGUUGGCUGUAAAUGUAUUUGAUAUUCUGCUUGUCUCCCUAUGGUUGAAAUAUGUUUGAAGAAAAGGCAGCAUAAUCUCUUGGCUGUUUAUACUUUUUUAAACUUUUCCUUUGUUGUAAAUAUUGUAUACUUUUGGUGAUUCGAGUUAUGUAACCUCUAUGCUCUGUAAGGUGGUUAUUUGUAUAUAGUAAAGUGGCCCAGUGAUAUUAGAGACUUUCCCAUGGAGGAGGUUAUUGAGUAACCUCUGCAUUAGUCUGAACACUACCAGAAAUAAAGCUGAGCCAACUAUAAACACUCGAUUUUGUAUGUUUUCCAAAUUGUACUUAUUAAUGCUUUUGAUACUGUAUCACGUGCCAAUAGUUUCCCAAUCACAUAGCAGGCAAGAGAUAUUUUGUACUUUUUGAUCCACUGUCAUAUUUAAUAAAAAAUGUUACUAUCUGUU